GAAUUUUCUCACCUAACACUGUUGGAAUCGAUUAAACUCGCUCGGCAAUGAAGCUUCUAAAUUUCAUUUUGCUGGUUUUCGGACUAGGUGCGGUAUCAGCUGCUAACUACAACUAUAGCGAAGUUAUUGGACUGUCUCUGCUCUUCUACGAAGCACAAAGAACUGGAGUACUUCCACCUACUAAUAGAAUUCCCUGGAGAAAGGACUCUUUCGUUACCGAUAUAGGACAGAAUGGAGAAGAUCUUACGGGAGGUUAUUUUGAUGCUGGAGACCAUGUUAAAUUUGGUUUCCCUGCUGCCGGUACGAUGACAUUGUUAGCGUGGGGAAUGUAUGACUCUAAACGGGGUUACGAAAUAGCGGGUGAGUGGAUGAACGCACUCGAUUGUUUAAGAUGGGGAAUGGACUACAUGAUCAAGACGCAUCCCAGCGCUAACGUUCUUUACAUACAAGUUGGUGAUACUGUUGAAGAUCACAAUUACUGGGGUCGUCCGGAAGAAUGGACCGGAAGCAAUCCGCGCCCGACAAUUAGAGCCACAACAUUGUUACCUUCUUCAGAAUGUGCUGCUGAACAAUCUGCAGCAAUGGCUGCCGCAUCAAUGGUAUUUAAAGAGAAUGGAGAAACAGCCUAUGGUGCCACUCUAUUGAUGCAUGCAGAACAACUGUAUUCAUUCGCAACCACAUAUCGUGGCAACAACAAUGAUUCUUUCCCGGGUAUCACUUACAGUUCCUGGAGUGGAUACGGAGAUGAAUUUCUUUGGGCGGCUGCUUGGCUUUACCGAGCUACGGGCAGAGAACAGUUCAAAGAAGAUUGCAAUAGGUUUUGGACAGAAUUUGAUUUAAGUGUCCGACCCAAAGAAGUAUCUUGGGACAAUAAGCUAGCUGGUGCUCAAGUUUUGUUGGCCAAAAUUGAUGGUUCUCCGAAGUAUGUUACCGCGGCUCGAAAUUUCUGUGACUGGGUUGUAAAAGAAGCGCCAAAGACUCCAUUGGGACUUGUUUACCUUGAUCAAUGGGGCUCAGCUCGUCAUGCGGCUAAUGCUGCGUUUGUGUGUUUACAAGCUGCAAGUGCGGACAUCAACACUGAUGAAGAUUACAUAGCGUUUGCAAAAACACAAAUUGAUUACGUACUUGGCGAUUACGGUAGAAGUCUGGUCGUUGGGUAUGGGCUCAAUCCACCGCAACAACCGCAUCACAGAGCUGCAUCGUGUCCUGACCUUCCAGCUACGUGUAGUUUUACAGACGCUUUCCUGCCUGGACCGAAUCCCCAAAUUUUGUACGGAGCUCUCGUUGGAGGACCAGACAUAAAUGAUGAGUACGAAGACGACCGGUCUGACUACGUUCGCAAUGAAGUUGCACUUGACUACAAUGCCGGUUUUCAAUCGGCACUUGCGAACCUUAAUCUUAUUUACAACCAGGGCAGCAUUAGCGGUACAAGUUUGCUAACUGGAGCGGUUGGGAUAGUGGUCAUACUUCUUCUGCGUUGAUUUUGUAAUGCAAAUACCCAUAUAUUCAUCCCCAGUGUUUAGACACAAUUUACAAUUACGAAUUAAUAAAAAAAAUUGGUCAAUUUCUAUU